CCACGUAAUAUCGACGCCGAAACCGUUUACUGUAUUUUAAAUAUUAUCUCGUGCACAUUCUGCGUGUGGGAACCCUUUUGUUACACAAUAGUCCACUUGUUAACGUGUUGCAUUCCCUCUACCGUACUCUACUCUGCAGUAGUGUACCGUGUAGUGGGCGGUGAGACGCGGCGACCCACCGCCGACCGCGCAGCGCCGUCCCCCUUUUUCCGCGGUGGGAGGGACACUCGCGUCGCCUUCGCUCUCCACACUGCGGGCUCCGGAGAGCCGCAAUCGGGACGCGUUAUUUUGCAGGAGAAGCGAACGAGAAAACUAAGUUUGGAAAGGAAAAGAGCGGCCCCGGCCAGUCUCACAUGAUCGUGCACCCGCGCUGCAUGGAUAUUCGGCGACCCAGGCAGUAGUAGGACAGACAGACAGACAGAGCAGCAUGGAGUUCAACGUGAAGAGGCUGGCGGCGGACGCCGGAACCUUCCUCAGCCGGGCGGUCCAGUUUACAGAGGAAAAACUUGGCCAAGCUGAAAAGACUGAGUUGGACGCUCACUUGGAGAACCUCCUGAGCCGAGCAGAAAGCACCAAGCACUGGACGGAAAGGAUAAUGAAGCAGACUGAGGUUUUACUGCAGCCAAACCCAAAUGUGAGAAUAGAGGAAUUUUUGUACGAGAAGCUGGAGAAAAAAGCCCCGACACGACUGAAUAAUCACGAGCAGCUGGGCCAGUCCAUGAUCGACGCAGGGAACGAGUACGGACCAGGAACCGCUUACGGAAACGCACUCGUGAAAUGCGGAGAGACUCAGAAGCAGAUCGGCAGCGCCGAGAGGGAGUUCAUGCAGAGCACGGCGACCAACUUCCUCACUCCGUUCAGGAACUUCCUUGAAGGGGAUUUUAAGACCAUCUUGAAAGAACGAAAGCUGCUGCAAAACAAGCGACUGGACCUGGAUGCUGCCAAGACGAGGCUGAAGAAGGCCAGGAUGGCCGACGCCAGAGCCGUGGCAGAGCAGGAGCUGCGAGUGACUCAGAGUGAAUUCGACCGGCAGGCAGAGAUCACCAGGCUCCUGCUGGAGGGAAUCAGCAGCUCUCAUGCACACCACCUCCGCUGCCUGAAUGACUUUGUGGAGGCCCAGACCACGUACUACGCACAGUGUUACCAGUACAUGGUGGACCUCCAGAAACAGCUUGGAAGCUUCCCUUCCACUUUUUCCUCCAACAACAACCAGUCAUCCACCAGCACAGCGGCCAGUAUUUCAGUGCCAACCAUCUCCACCUCGGCCGCCCUGCCCUCCCCAGCCUCUGGCAUGGGCUCGCCAGGUUUCAGCGGCAGCCGCCGGGCACGGGUGCUCUACGAUUACGACGCCGCUGGCAGCAGCGAACUGUCUCUGUUGGCCGACGAGGUCAUCACGGUGCGCAGUGUCCCCGGAAUGGACUCGGACUGGCUGAUGGGAGAGCGAGGAAAUCAGAAGGGGAAAGUGCCCAUCACCUACCUGGAGCUGCUCAACUGAGCGUCUCAGUGUGACUUUAAAGGAAAGCGGCGAAAAAGUGUAUUCUGGCUGUGAUCUCAUAUUUAUACCGUAUAUGCAAGUAACUUUGUGUGAAGCAGUCUUCCACGCUACCAUGUCUUACAGAAUGCUGUGCUGCCAGGUGGUAUGGAGAGAACUGCAGUAUUGCAGACUAUAACUGGCAAAAUUAUUUCCCCAGCGCUUUGUUUUAAUUAGGUUUUUUUCAUGAUGCAGAACUAACUGAAGCAGUGGCCGCCUGGUGCUAAAAUCUUCAAUAUAUUCUCUUACUGCCAAGUGUUUCUUCUGUUUCUUUUUUGCAUGUUGCAUUCUACAUUUGAGGAAUAUUUGCGGAGAAACGCACUUAAGCGUCGACCGAAAAGACUGACGUUCGCUUUUCAUGCAGCAGAGGUGACGGUGACCGCCUAGAAUGCCGUGCUGCCCCAGGGGAUGAUCAUUCUGAGGUCACGUGCCUUGUCACGCGGCUUCCUUUUCUGCUCAAAGAAAUGCCGUGUAGGCAAAAUCAUCUUAAGAACUUUCCCGUGAACAGAAUUAAGAAGUAAAAAGGUAAUAAAUGACAUUAAGGCCUUCCUGGAGCCAGAGGUCGUGAACUCUUGUCGGUUCAGUCCAUGUCGUCAGUGUUUGUCAUCUUACAGAAUCACAGUUACAGGGCUGGCCCUAAAGAGGAUAUCUUUUCAAAACAGACUUCCUGUAAUUAAUAUACACAAACUCGUAGUGUAUAUGCAUACACCGGUAAAUUAAAAACUUCCCGUUAUGUCUAAGUUUGUUGGAUGCGGUAAUAUAACAAGGGACAGAAUAAUUUUUCCCCAAUAAUGUAAAAAUUUUAUUGAGACCAAAAAAGCAAAGCUACAAAAACAGUCUAAUUUAGCAGCUAAAUUUGGUAAAGUACUAAGAUAACAAUAAUAGUAUUUCUACAAGUACAAGAACAACGCUAUUAAGAAAUACUUUUAAGUAACAAGUUAAAAUACAAAAAAAUGAUUUAAACUUGAAAACCCUGUAAUCUGAGUUCUGGCUAAAUCCAAAGCUAAAGUGAACAGUAACAAUAAAAUAACUGUAAAAUUAAUAUAAUUUCAGUGAUUAAUGCAGAGGAAAGAAACAGAGUGUUCUCAGUAAUGUAACACACAUUAUUCCCUAUCUAAAGCUGGCACUUAAUUCAAAACAAAUGAAAUAAAAUUGCAAUUCAAAUCCAGAACUAACACUACACUUAGCUAGUCGCUUUCUUAUUUUUCUCUUCUCAUUUCUUCAUAUGUUCUUUUUCAUGACGAGUGACAUUUGCCAAUUUGCAGUCAAGGCGUUUCAGAAAUAGCUCCUCAUAAGCAAACUCUAUUCGAAAAAUAAUUUUUAAGGGGGGCCUAAGAAGACGCCUGUUAGUUUGGGAUGACUCUGCAGUCGAAUUAGUCAGAAUGCAGUUGUGUAGGAGCUCUAUCAACUGAAACAAACUCGUUUUCAUGAGCAGGUAUGGAAAUGUGUAGUUUGGACAAUAAUGAAAGUUGGUCUUAAAGCUGUACCAUCAUUUUUUCGGUAGCUUGAAAUCGAAGGAGCGUACAGUACAGACAGGCACUUUGGCCACAAACUUACAAUUGGAUCUUUGUUAGAGUGCUGCUACAUACGUUCUUUUUCAGUAAUAUGUCGGUAAAAAUGUCUUAAGCAUGUAAUGCAAAAAAAAAAAGUUGUGCCUUCAGUAGCUUGAAUGAAUGAAUGUUAGGAAAACAGCUUCAGCAGCUUUUAUCGACUUACUGUCAUGUUCAUUUAUUUCUUUAGACCUGAAAGAGCUGCAUUUUAAUGUAUUUUAGGAGGAGAUUUUUUUUUUUUUAAUGUGAUGAUUUAGAGUCUUAGUGACUUUUAAGUUGAAUUCAGUGAAACAAGGUUAUUAUACAGUUUUCAACCCAGGUUUAAGUAUUUCUUAACAAACUGCAAUAAACCUGUUGAGCGAGGUCUUAUAUUUCCACAAAGUUUAGUUCACUACUUUUUAAAGAUUAAAUAGUACGUUUCCCAGAAAACUUUUAUUGCUUCGGCUUGCAUAGCCGUGCGAUUUAGUAACAGACGUUUUCGCUGGUAGUUUGUUGAAAUUGUCGGUUCACCACAGCUCUCCGGCAGGUGGCAGGGUGGCCACUUCACGCCGUGAACCGGAUACUUUAUACUUUAACACAGAGACACUAUAAGACAAAAAUGAAAAUCACGCUGGAAAAUGAAACGAUCUCCAUAAAUGGCGUUUGAAAUACUAGCAUGUAUUUUUCUUUAGAAGGCAACAGUAGCGUUUAUCACCAACUGGGGAUUAAUAUUAAAUUGCUGACAAUUCUUUUAGCUGGAGGACAUGAAUUUCAGGAUAAUCACAUGUUUUCAAAAUGCAUUUUAUAGCAAGUUGUGGAAAUAUAAGGAUGUGUAUUUGGCAAUCAGUGCUUCACUCACGAUGAGUACAGCGUUAAUGCAACUGGUCAUUGAUGCUGUGGGUGGGCGCGCCCGUGGGUGGGCAGGAGGGGGUUAAGUGGAAAUGCUUGUGCAACACGCUCACUUCCUGUGCUGUGGCACGGUGGGUGUCACUGGCCAUCACUCACCAGCAUCCGCGGCCUGGCGCAGUUCCUUCCCUAAACACAACUG